GACACCAAUUCAGAUGUUCACAUCAGUUUUGACCACACUGACGAUCCUGAUGAUUUUGCUCCUCAAUACACUGAUGCUUUUCACCUUACGGCGUGUCAACAGCAUCCAGCCGACCACCAAAAUCUUCCUGGCUUCACUCACCCUGUCUGACCUUGGCAGUGGCCUAUGCUGGAUCCCUAGACUCGUGGAACUGUUUGCAGUGCGUUGGUUGUUGGGCAAUUUUCUCUGUGCAAUACAGAAUAUUGUUGCAUUCAUAUUCAAUAGCCUCAGUAUGUGGUCACUUCUUCUUCUGACUAUAGAUCGUUACAUUUCUAUUUCCCAUCCACUACGGUACCCUUCGUUGAUGACUGUCUUCAGAUCAAAGGUCAUGGUAUGCAGCACAUGGACUGUAACAUUCAUCAUCUUUAUUCUCAUGUAUGGGACUAAUGACAGUGCUACCGUUUCGCAGGAUGGUCCCAUCCAACUGUGUAUGGCCUUGAAGGAUGACUGGAGAGUGUAUCUUGUUGCUGCAUUAUUUGUUAUCUCACUGGCAACCAUAUUUAUCCUGUAUGCACGCAUCAGCCUUGCAGCUCGCAAUCAAGCCCGACGCAUUGCUGCUGAAAACCGUGCAGGCAAUGGCCAAGGUGGGCAGAGAGUGAGCACCAAAUCAACCACCACCAUUAUCAUCAUAACAGGGACUCUGACCAUCACCUGGGCACCUGCAGUGAUUAUAAAUGGGAUAUCUCCAAAAACUCAGUGGGGAAUCUAUGACAAGUACAUGAUCAUCAUGUUGGCUCAAGCCCUGUUUUUGUCAAAUAGCUGGCUGAAUGUUGUCAUCUACUACUUGCGGAACAAGGAUCUUCGCCAAGAGCUGCACCGAUUACUACCGUGUCUGACUGGCGCCAAUGUCUGAUGCAAUGAUUCUUACAUUAGCUUCGGGGGAAGUAUAAAUAUCCUGCAACAUGUUGAAAUGCUUUGGCUCUCAGGUCCUUUUGUAAGUGCUCAAAUUUGACAUGUACAUGUACAUGCAUGAGGGAAAUCAUGAAACCCUAAUAUUUGGUUGAAGAGACAUGUUAUGCAUUUGUACCGGUAACCCUCGUUCCAAGGUAUGGUGCCACCGCAGCAAUGAAUGGUUUCUACCGUAUUUUUACGUUUCGAAUUAGUCUGUUGGGGAUAUGAACUUCCGUACCUGCAGAUGGAGUCCUAACGGGCAUGGUGGCAUGUCGUAAUUAUACACAAUAUCCAUUAAUUCUAACAGUCAUCAGUCCUCCAACAGGUGAAGGAUUGAGGACUGUUAGGGUUAAGGCAACACAUCAGUUUAUUCCUAUUCAGCUGAAGAGUGUGAUGUUACUUAGAUUAAACCACACCCACUGCAAACAGAGUUCCACAUUCAAGUACAUAGGACUGGAAAAUAACCAGCAACUUGAAAUUGACAUGCAAACACGUUUGAGAAAUAAACAUUCAUGUUCAUGUACAUGUGAAAGCAAACUGGACUUUUGGACACAGCAGGGGUGUGGUGUCUUGUUCAGUAAUGUGAUGCAUUGAAAGAUGCUGUUCACUGGAAGCAAACUAGAGAUGAUCACCUGACGAGACUCGAAUUUCAUUUACAUGUAUCUUAGGAAACAUCUCACUCAGGAAAGUCAGCAAGUUCUAUUUGGAACGCUGCAUGCUCAUUCCGGAACAGACAGCCAUUUCACUGGGAGCAUCGCAUUCCCACAGGAAUGCUGACCAUUCCCGCAGGAAUGCUGACCAUUCCCGCUGACAU